AGCCACAGAGUAAGGCAUCUUAAGCUUCUUGAUGCCAGCUCACAUCUUGGUUUUUUAGACCACAAAUGAGUCAGUGGGAGGAGAACCUGCUGUGUGAGGUGCCUCAGGGCUCAGAGCGGCUUUGAAGGAAAGGCUUCUGUGGCAGGGCUGCAAGUCUGCCAUCUUUUUGCAUACGUAGACUGCCAUCCUCCAUUGACAAAGGCAUUGUGAGCCCAGGUAUGGCAGUAGUGCUGUUAGGUUUCUGGUAGAGAACAGACGCAGAACAGCACAUUUGCUGAAAUCAUCGGUUUGCUGCUCUCCCUUGCUGUUGGUGGAAAUGACGAGUGGACAGCACAAGGAAAGCAGAACAAAGCAUGUGAGACAAAAGCACUCUGAAGUUGCUUGGACAUCUCAGGACAAAGAAACAUGACAAAAAUUUCCCAUGCAAACAACACAAACUGGUAUCGUUGUUGAGUUUCCAUGGGUGAGGAUGGUAGUUGUUUUAUCUAACUCUGUCCUUCUGCAGGUUCCCUAAAGGUGGGCUCUGUUGCAUUCUUCUAACAGAGGCACAACUACUGAAAGAGUAAUGCACGCAUUACCCAAAAUACAGGAGUGCUUCCACAGCCAAAAACUGGUUGCCAUGAGCCCUGUGUGGUUGUUACCUCGGAGCAGCAGGCUGCUUCUUUCUCUGACUGAACGAGACUGAAUGAGUCAUUGCUAACUGGGAAUCCUGGAUGCUGGGGUUUCAUUUUGGGGGGGUGUGAAUUGAGGAAAGCAGAUUAGGCUAAAAGUUAUGUGCCUUCAUGAGGUGUUGAAUCGGCAGCUGCAGAUCUGACCUUGCUAAGCCAGGUUCUCACUACUGAUAACAGAUGCUUUUCUACGGACUUGGACAGUUAGUGCAGACAGCGGGUGUCCUGUCUUUGCACGUAACAUCGUUAGCUCCCCUAUCUCUGGAAUGCAAGGUAGCAGGCUCAAAGAGUAAAACCACAAAUUAACAAAGAAGCGGCGGAUUGGUGAACAGAGUUGUGGCUGAUGAGACGACCAAUCAGAGCCACCCAUCGUAACCCAAGCCCAAGAAAAUAGCACCAUGACCUUCAUCAGAAAGACCACCGAGAGACACGCGUGUGUAAAAGAGCUGAGACUUGGGGCGGGGGGGGGGGGGGGGGGUUGUCAGUCCUUCUGGGGACUCAUUGUAAUAACCCAAACUUUUCUUGGACAUCUAAUGCAUAUGUAAGCAGCUUGGUCUUUAAGUAUGUGCCUUUCUUGCCCUCCGGCAUGCAGGCUAGGUGGGCAUAUCCCCCCCUGCAUCUGGCGUGUGCGCAGCGCUGAUUAGACAUACCUGCUUUAUAACUACUCAGAGGUGGGAUUGUGCUGUAUUUGCAGUUGGUUCCGAACGGCUCGAUACCUGUUUUGGAAUGUUGAUUAGCUGGACUUACGGUAUGCCUUUAGUAAUUACCGUAUUCCACAUUUUAUUUUCUGUUGAAAUAUAUACUAAAUACAAGCAAAAUAUUUUUGUUUAAAAUAAAAGCAAGAAUAACUUUUUAAAAAUGGUGCUGCCUCUUUCAAUAGGUAGUGAAAACGUCCCUAGCUUUGGGCUGGUAAUUGCAGGGUGAUGAACUCGUCGGCUUCAUGUCUCUCCCUUGAAAUUCAGCUGCUUUUCGCACGUUUCCCUGUUGGUCUUCCCAACUCGUGGCCUUUCAGCCAGACUGUAACUGCUAGUGACAGGCUGUGAUCAUCCCCUUGCUCUACAAGGACUGAUAGGAAAAAAAAAAAAAAGGAGAGGAAGCAGAGCGGGAGGAAGAAAGGUGUCCCUGCACUCAGCCCCUUGAUCUUGUCUGUCUUCCCUGAUGGCUUUUCAGCCUCCCAGUGUACUGAUGGUUGCUGUUUGCCCUUGGCUAAAGAGCCCAGCUUUGGGCAGGGAGCCUCUGCAAACUGCUGGGAAGCAGCAGGAAAUUCUGCCAGCGGUUCCUCGGGAAGCUCCUUUGGAAGCCCUGGCCGUGCUCCUUGUGCUUUCUCCCAUCGAAUACCCUUCUCUUCCAGGCAGUGUUAGCAGGACCUGUGGAUGAGCUCCUGUCUCUGGGGUAAGAACACUUUCUUGCCAUGCACCUGGCUCUGUAGCAUGGCCUCAGCUGGCUGUGUGCUCUUUGCAUUCCUUUGCCUCGUGCCUAGGGCUCCAACCUUUCCCAUCUGUACCCAUGAUGGUGGAAGGGAGUCCUUGGCAAACCGAAGGAACAAAAGGGGCUGGGGGAUAAGGAAGGGUACAAGCCCCAUAACCCUUCACCUCACGGCAUUUGAGCUCCGACCUGCAGGGUGGACGCUGAACGAGACCUGCUUUCCCUUUGCCUUCAGGAUCUCACUGGUUUUGCUCAAGCAGAAAAGGCAGGAGCUGAACGUGAAUAUUACUCAGAUGUCUGCCGGGAAGGAGAGCAUUCUACAAGCAGUGGGUGAUGUCCUCAGCAACAACGGGAUCCAGGAGGAGAAGAGAGGGGUAAUGGUGCUGCUCCCUCCUGCUUCCUCUUGGCUCCUUCCAGAGACAGCUCUGUGCUCUGGCUACCCGCCCCACACCUGGCUCUCAGGGCUCAACCUCUCUUGUGUCUUGGAGCUGCUCUGCUCCCCUCACUGUGAGCUGCAGCCGGUGCUAGCUGCAUGGUACAGCUGGGAUCAGGGUGCUCUGUACAGCGCUGUGAAUUCCCCCUGGGCUGGGCCCCAGCCAGGCACCUGCUGGGUUUGGCUUGGACGUUGUCCCUUCCAAGAGACUUGCAGGUCAGGCUUAGCUGGAAGGGCCAUUCUCCAGGCCUGCUGCAGCUGGACCACUAGAGGGCCUGGCAUGAUCCUACUGCCUGUCCAGGCUGUUCUGGAGUGGGCAGAAGGAUGGCAACAAGGGGAACAGGCAGGACCCAAAGACGGUCGUUGCUGUGUCUCUGGAGUCCAGUGGCUCAUCAGGGCAUAUUUUCGGGAAGAUCUUGCCAGAUUUCUGGACGGACAUGGAGUCUUUCCUUCGCUCUCUGCUAGGACUCCCUGGUCACACUGAUCUCCUCUUGUGUUUGUGCUCACUGCUCUCUCUCCAUUCCCAAUUUGUUGCUAGGAAAUUCUGCAGCUGACAAGAGAUGCAAUCAAGGUGAUUGAAAACUACAUCUGGAUGCUCGAUUGGGCUCUGAAAACCACAGCUGCUGGGCUUUCCAAGGAUCUCAGGGCCAUGUGGUCAUCCGGCUGCCAGAGAAAAUCCAGCCCAGAGCUUUCACCAUCUGGCACAUCUCCAGGGCAGUCUCUCCGUGUGGGGAAGUCAGCAGCGCCCCCGAAGAGUUUGCUGUCUCAGUAAGUCUCUGCCUGCUUCUUCUUCUGGAGGGACCCCGGGCCCGAGGAAGAGCUUUGCCAGAGAUGUCCUUCUGGUGGUGAGAUCUCCCAGAGACCUGUGGUGGGCUGCUGCAGAGCACUGCAUCCUGCCAAAGGGCAUGGAGAUGCUCGGGGUGGUUACACCUUGCGUUUCUUCUGGAUCGUGGACAGGAGCCUCAGCAUGCUCACCCAGCAUGCUCAGGGUGUCAGGAACUAAGAGCCAAAUGCCACACGGAGCAGCAGCCCUGGUGUCCAUCAGAGCUGCCUCUCACUGCCCAGUGAGUGCUCCCUCUCUGCUGCCUUUGAGUCGUGGCUGCUGCUUCCCUGGAGCUACAGCCGUGGGCAGCAGCGGCCCGCUUUGGAGAGUGCUGCUCUCCUUAGAGUUCUACAAUGUCCUCUUGUGUCCAGCUGCCCUGGACAAGCCUCUCAGGUUCCCUGAGAAGGGCAAGGGAGCAUUUCUGUGUGCUCAGGGAGGGACAGAUGAGAAGGAACAAGCCUUGCCCUCCGGCUGCCAUGCUCAGGACCUGCAGCCAGCACCCAGGUGGGGCUCUGCCUCCCUCCUCGCCUGCCCCCUCCUGUGAUGUCACCGCUGAUGCACUUGGUGACCUCAUGGUGCUGCUGGCCAGCACGUCUCCUGAAGGCCAGCCGGGCGCUGCAGAGGCAGUGACCCCGCACCACCACUCCAGCUACCUUCCCUCGGCCCCCCCUUCCCCUG